GGCCUCCCUCCACCACUUCAUGGCUCUGGCUUUAUUGCCAAAGGGGAGCGCCGGCGCUCUAGGAUGCGCAAUUUUAACUGGGAAACCCUUCCCAAACACAGUGUGAUAGGAAAACACAACAUCUGGACAGAAGAUAAGACUGAUGGGGAAUAUGAACUGGACACUGAUCACAUGGAGGAGCUGUUUAGCCACAAGCAGGGCCAACAACAACUCAAGGCCCUGAACCGCCAGAGUCUGAGGGGCCUGCCAACUGCUGCCUCAGGAGGGGUAAUGGUUUCCAUCCUCAACUCCAAGAGGAGCAUGAACAUUGGAAUUUUCCUAAAGCAAUUUAAGCGGCCUGUUAAAGACAUGAUUGAAGGAAUUAUAUCAGGAAAUAAUGUCAGUUUUGGUCCUGGAAAACUGAGGGAGCUGUGCAAGCUGCUGCCAGAUGAAGGGGAGGAGAAGCAGCUAAUCGGUUUUAAGGGCGACCAAUCAGCUCUCCCAGAAGCAGAUCUGUUCAUGCUAAUGCUGGUCAGGAUUCCCAGCUAUAAAGAGCGUCUCAGCAGCUUGGUGCUUAAAGAGGAAUUUUUCCCCCUCAUGGAUGAAAUGAAAGAAUUCAUUGCCACGUUGACUGCAGCUGGAAGAGAGCUGUUGGAGUCUGAUAAUCUCCAUUCCGUCAUUCGCCUGGUACUGAAGACCGGAAAUUAUAUGAAUGCUGGUGGCUAUGCAGGCAGUGCAAUUGGCUUCCGAAUGGCGUCUCUGUUGAAGUUAGCAGACACCAAAGCAAACAAACCCGGAAUGAAUCUCAUGCAUUAUGUCGUGAUUCAAGCUGAGAGGGCAGAUGUGGACCUGCUCCAUUUCACAGACCAACUGAAAAACAUUGAAGCUGCAGCAAGACUGAAUAAAGGCGAAAUUGAAGCAGAGUUCAAUAAACAGAAAAAGAAAGUUCAAGAUGCCAAGGCUGACACCUUAAAGCAAGAAGACCUAAAGGCACAGAUGGAGGAUUUUCUAGAGGAGGCUGAAGUCUGCUUGGGAGAAAUAGAAACUGAUCUUAAGGAAUUGCAGUCAGUGAGUGACGCUGUGGCAGAGUACUUCUGUGAAAACCCAAACAAGUUCAAACUGGAGGAAUGCUGCUCAAUUUUCAACUCUUUUUGUGAGAAAUUUAGGAGGGCCAUGCAGGAAAACAAGGCUCGAGAGAUUGCGGAGGUGCAGCGGAGACACAGAGACAGGUUGCAGAGUGCUGCCAAGCGCAGGUCCACAGCUACCUGCUCCAGCAGAGACAAGGAAAUGGAUGGAAUUGAAUUGCAGUCCAUACUAAAUAACUUCCUUACCAAUCGUGUCUCUCGGAGGAGACAAGGAAGGCCCUUAUCCACUCAUGGGAACCCUACGAGUGGCAGCCCCAACAACGGGAGCCUGUCAGAAAUUACUUCUCAGGCAAACCUCCCCAAUGGAAAUCAAAAAAGAAAAGGGUCUUUUAAAGCUAAGGACAUGGUCAAAAAAGAGUGGAAUUCAGCAGUUGAACUCACAGAAAACACUUCGCAAAAGAAAGACCAGUCUAAUAGAGAGGACAACAAGGUAAAAAGUGUCUCUCCUCAUGAAGAAGAGGUGAAAACUUCCAUAAAAGAGGACUCCAAAGGUUUUGCACACCCAGCCAAUAGGACCACCAGCAUUUCCUCCUCAAGCAGAUCCUUCUCAGCCACCACCGAUGAAAGUGAGGAGGAUCUACAGGAUAAUAACGAGGAGGAAGCCCAAAAGUUGCGUGAAGCAUCUAAAAAAGUUAUGCAGUUUCAGAGAAGCCGUGGCAGUGUCUCAUCUGGGGACUAUUCUCUGGACAGUCAAAAAUCUCCUGGGCGACUCACCAAAUUGCCUCGUCAACGCACCUUUGAUGAGGACACAGAGAGGUAUCCUGAUGAUCCAACCAACGAGGAUUUAGUGAAAUUUUUACUCAGUCCUCAGCCCUCCGCAAAACGUAACCUUGGCCGCCGCCAUACUCUACCCACCAAAGUCCAUAAAACUGAGGAAGAGGAAGCUAAUCUGUACACUAAAGCUCCAAUCAGAACUCCCAAUUCUGCAGCAAGAGUGAAAGAGACACUGCCAGUAGAGGGUGCUGAACAAAAUUCUUCAAAACUAGUUUUUGACUUUACUAAUAUCUCUCACUACUUUAAAAAAUCUGAUGCUCCAGACCAUAUUGCCCCAUCAGCAGAAAAGAAAAGCAAGCCAAAUGUUUCUGUGACACAUGUUCCAGAUGAAGGUCUUGGAGACCAAAAUGAAGUGGGCAAAUCAAUGGAGACCGCAGGCGCCCACUCGAAAAAUAAUAGUGAAAAUGUUGCCCCCAGGAGUAACUGGGUUAAGACUGAAAGCUCUGGACUAUUUUUUAGCUUUUUAAAACGGCUUGGAGACAUGAGCAAAUCGCAGAACAGCAAGGAAACUGUUCAUAAGGACAUGGGCUCUGGUGUAUAGACUUUGAAAGAUAGACCAUUUGAAGGUCAGAGACUUUACCAUUAACUUUAUUGUUGCAUUUAAUUAGUUCAGCAAUUUGCCUUUGUAAAUUGAUAAUGAGGUUGUUAAGCAAUGGAUAGAUGGUUCUAGGAAAGUUGUUGGAGAAGAUAAGGUUUGAGGAAAAACAGCCAUUGUGUAUGUUGUACCACCAGAUGGCAGAAUAUAACAGUGAUAUGGUGAGCUGUUGCUCAGAAAAUAAGGGUGUUGUUGAUUUCAGGCUGUUCAUUGCCUAGUAAACAAAAGAACGAUAGGCACACACACUGUAAAAUAUUUUUUCUCUGUUGAUAACAUUCCCUUGUCAGUGUAGUAUUAUACUCAUCAGUUGGAGCGAUUGGGUAUUACUUGCAGUGUGUGUGUUCUUUGUCUAGAUCGAAGUGUGCAAUCUUGCAGAAUGUAUUGAGAAAGUACAAUAAUGGUGAGUGUGAGGAUAAGAGAGUGGAGUGAAAUUAGACUGUAUGUAAAAUCUUGGUUUGAUUGUUAUUUUUGAUACUUUGAUAAAUGACUACUUCUACUCCAUAUUUGAAUACAACAGUUAUUUUUCAAUUUUACAAGAAAUCAUUUCUAUUUUUGCAUAUUUGUUUUCCUCUUCUGUUGUUGUAACAGAAUCACAUAAAAAAUGCAGAAUGUUGAGGAUGCUUUCAGGGUCUUACUCAAUUCAGCCAUUGUAUUGAGUUUAAAUGGGUCAGUGUUACAAAGGCAGCCUGUAUCUAAGGCAGAACUGAACUAUGGACUGUUGCUGGCAAAGUGAAGAGUGCUGAUCUCAAAUAAACUUGAGAAGAGAUUACUGUGUUGAAGGGCCAACACCUGGUGGCUUAUUAUGAUUGAAGGGAGCCAGUCUCCAUGCGUUUAUCCCUGUACACUGCUCGGGCAAAGCCAGCCAGUGACCCCAGCGCUCAACCAACUAAGAGCAGAUACCAGGGGUCAGUGAGGCCACAGUUUGAGCCAGUACAUCUAGGAUUUCAAAAUGUAACUCAACUACUGGUAUCCCUAAGCAGCUGACCCCACAGUUACAAUAAUUAACUUUAUAGGAUAUAUGACUGAAGCUUAACAAUGAGGUAAUCAUAAUGUCCUAGUUAGUUUUGUUCUUAUUUAAAUACCAACUGGAGUAAUCUGAAUAAUUUCUGUGGUUCUUUGCAGUUAAAUGUUUAUUAGACUAAGAUGGAUAGACAUCACAAUUACAGAGAACCAAACAGUGCUGUCGCUCAAUCCUGAGUUCUUUGUAAUUGUACCUCUCAUCAAUGAGAGUGGUAAAUAAAUAUAAAUGAAUAUCAAUUUUAGUAUAUACUAGAAUAUCUUAAGGGGAGAAAAGUCAAGGUAACUGUAUUCUACAAGUAGGAUAAUUUAUAGCUUUAAAUUACACAUUUUUAUUCACAAAUGCAAAAUAAACAACAUAUUUAUAAAUAUCUACAACCUGUGUAAUGUUUGAUUACACAGAAUGCUGAAACUUGAAUGCUCCCAAGCAAUUAUCAUUGGAUUAUGUGUAUUUUUGCAUCAUUUGUUAGAAAUGAAAAAGACUUGCUGUAACAUGUGCUAAUUAUGAUUCGAUUAUAAUAUUUUAUCUGGUUAUUUAUUCCCAGGUAAUUGCAGGAACUUGCAGUAAUCAGUUGGUACACACAAUACGGGAUAGCCUAUUACAUUAAAAAAUUACUUGUUAAAUUUAAAAUAUUGUA